GCCUUCGUUCCGGCGGAUAGUCGCAGCCGCGUGUCAAAGCCCCGCUCGAUCGGCCGCGUCGCGAGCGCAACGGCCCCCGCGUCUCGUUUCGGGAGUUUCUCCCGCUUCGCCCACCUUUGCAUCGCGAUCGAUGAUCGAGAGAUCGUGCGUGAUCGAUCGCCCGGAGCGACCGCGGCUGACACCAUCAUCCGCGGAUGGUGCGCGUCACCGGUGAACCGUUGCGACAGUUUCACGAGUGUAUCUUGCGGCUUUGGAUCCGCAAUCGAAAAUUGCUGCCGGCGAGAAGGAAAUAACUGUGUGGGACGAAGGUAGACGGAAUUACGAGACCGAAUCGCAACAGAUCGACCAAGCGAAGACGACACAAUGCGGGUGUUAUGUGCGCUCUGUGGGCUGCUUUUGGCCGUCGCCAUUGUCAAUUGCAGUCCUAUCGACAAGGGGGAAGCGGAAGAAAACCUCAAUCCGCUGAACGAAGUCUACGUAAUCGAAGCUGAUGAAGCGGCAGAUGAUGGUGAAAGAGGUGAUAGGGACAAGAGAAAGAUUGGCUUGAAGCUUGGAAUAUCGAACGGCAUCAUUCACUUUGUGUUUGACAAAGUGGAUUCCUUCAUAGACUCAAAAACCAAAGCACUCACAGUUCUCGACGAAUCUAACAAAGCGAAGAACGCUGCUUUUGGAAUCGACAACAAACAUUCGGCCACGUCGGAGUUCCUCAACCAUUUGGUGUCUCAGAAGAUUCAGGCUGCGACGGGCAGCAUCGGGCCCCUUAUAAGCGGUGCGACGACAUUCUUCUCAGGUGCCUCUGCCGGCAUCUCGAAAGCUCUGGUCUCGAAAAUCGCGCCGUUGAGCUCGCUUUCCGGCGGUCUUUCCGGUGGUGCGGGCGGCGGUGCCGGCGCUGAUGCUGGCGCAGGACAUGCGGACGGUAGCGGAGGAUCCUCCGGAUCGGCCAUUAUCGGCAAUCUCUUGACUCAGAAGAUUGGCUCUUUGUCGAGCCUGAGCCAAGGUAGCGGCGGUUUAGGCAGUUUAAGCAGUUUAAGCAGUUUAAGCGGCGGCAGCAGCGGCGGUGGUGCCGGUGGUAGCGCCGGAAGCGACUCCUCUUACGGCGGAAACAAUGGCGGUGCGAACGCCGGCGCCGGGAUCAAUCUCGGAGCUUUCGCCAAUCUGGCUGGGAAAAGGACUAUUGCUACGACUACGGAGGACACGCCCGUGUUUGACAGGAAUAGGGUUUCCUUGGAAAUACCGUCAUCCGCAUUCGGCACUGGCUUUACCCUAAUAACUAACGUCAGCAAAAUUCUCAACAGCGUAAUUUUAAACUCAGCCCGUCGAACGCAGACAUUGUUAGAAAUCUUCAAGCCGUUUUUCCGUGGUACAUUCGCCAUAAAGGGUCUACCGUCGGAUAACCCCAAAUAAAGAGUUCCAUUUCUGUUUUGCAUUCGCACCAGUACGAACUAAUUGCUCAACGAUCGCCGUUUCUCGUUACGAAACGUUCCACAAGUUUGGAUCACAUGUUUAUCUGGAUAGAUAUUGUUGAUUAGAACUUGUGAAAGUUGUUCCAAAGUUCUGUUGAACGUAGAAUAGAUCCGAGAUUCUGAUAAGAUAGGAUUGUAACAUUUGCGGAGAUUUCUUCGCUGUCGUUGUCAGAUAAUCGUUACUUAUGACGCCAUAUUUUUGCCUCAUAUAAUAUUUCAUCUACUAAUUUUGCAUACUUGUUGGUUGCUUUAUUAAUUUUUUUAAUGACUCGAAAAUUGGCGUCGUAAGUCGAGCAUACGUUUUUCUUGACUGAAAGCGUAUAUAUUACUAUUAGAAAAUAGUUAUUUAUAUAAGUACGUGCGCAUACAAGCAAAUAUUAUUUUAGAAACGAUUUAGUCAUAUUUAAAUUAAUUAGCGUGUUACGAAACACGACACAUAAAAUAAUAAACUAGGAAAGAGCGACAAUCAAACUGACUUAUGUCUUAUAUAUAAAGCUAGCUCUAUUUUAUCUUACAAUUAUUCUUAAUCAAAAACAUCUUUGUAAUAUUUCUUAUUUAUUAGCUGCUAACUUAAUAUAUUGCCAUAAUAAUUCACAUAAAUAAGAAAAUACAUUAUUUUUUUAUGUUAUGGUAAUAUUACUUGGGAGUGAUCGUGUGACAAGACGACAGCUUCUUAUUUAUCAAUACUAUUUUAUUACGCAAGCCGAUCGCAUAAAAAUCUCGCAUUAAUAAGUGUAUUGCAUGAUAUUAUUUAAUGACUUAUCUAGAAAAUCCUGCACAUUAUUAAAUACAAAACCAAGUGGUCAGAGUGUCACAUCUAGUGGCAACGACGACUCGACCAUGUAACAAUUUGCUGUUCACAUAGCGAGGACGCCUGAAGCAUGUAACGUUUUGUAAGGCGUACGUUCCUCAUAUGUAUGUUAAGCAAUAAUGAUACUAUUAUCGAGGAAAUAACGAUUUAUUUCCUUAAAUUAAAAUGUUACUUGAAAUAUUAUUUGUACUGCGUUGUUGUGAGGCAUUGGAGUACUAAGUAACCACCAAAUAAAAUUUAAUAAAAUUAAAUUAUGUAGAACAAACCCUGCGUCUGAUGAUUAUGUCGCUUUAGACUUUUAUAUGAACAUGCGUUGUAUGUGGUGACAUCAGACCGAAUGCAAA